CGGGGGCAUCCACCGCGGCGACCCUUGACUUCCUCCCCCUUCUCUCCUCCUCCCACAAAACGUGACCGAAUCCGGCUGAUCCGAGCCCGCCGACCUCCCCGGCUUCCCCGAUCCGGCGACGAUGGAUGGCGGCGGCGGAGGCGACGCCUUCGGGUCCGCGACCGCGCCGCUGGCCUGGCACGACUUCCUGGAGCGCAUGCGCCAGCCCUCCGCCGCCGACUUCGUCAAGUCCAUCAAGGGGUUAGCUCCGCCACAAAUUUUCGGUGCUAGGCAUAUGCUCGAUCUCAGUUCGUGGUCUAGGGAUCCGAGACGGAAAGCGUGUGCCGCGAUUGGUUCGUGUUACGCGGCGCGUGUUGGUUCGAUAGUGUGUGGUGCGGGGAUGGGCGAUUUUGCUGGUAUAGUGGGGAUUUGGGGAGCAUUUGGCGUGGGUUCAAGGGGAUUACGUUCCCGUGUCCUUCAAUAUGUGUUAGCAAGGCGAUAUGACCGAUCGCCGUGCCGGUUUUGUGGGGGGAGCUUAAUCUAGGGUUGCUGUUUGUCUCUUCGCCUACCUGUUAACCGUCGUCUGUGUAGUUCCGAGCUUUAUCGUAACGUUCUCGAACAGAGCUCCUGACCCUGAACAUGAUAGUGCGGCUGUUCAAGAAUUCCUGGAAAAUAUGGAAGGUGCUUUCAGGGCUCACACCCCCUGGGCUGGAAGUUCUGAAGAAGAACUAGAAAGUGCCGGUGAGGGCCUUGAGAAAUACGUUAUGACAAAGCUGUUCAAUCGGGUAUUUGCUUCUGUCCCGGAAGAUGUGAAGAGUGAUGAAGAACUUUUUGAGAAGAUGUCUUUGUUACAGCAGUUUAUACGGCCUGAAAACUUGGAUAUCAAACCAGAAUAUCAAAGUGAAACAUCAUGGCUGCUUGCACAGAAGGAGCUGCAGAAGAUAAACAUGUAUAAGGCUCCAAGGGAUAAGCUUGCUUGCAUCCUGAACUGCUGUAAAGUCAUCAACAACCUACUUCUAAAUGCGUCUAUUGUAUCAAAUGAAAAUCCCCCGGGAGCUGAUGAAUUCCUUCCAGUCCUCAUCUAUGUUACCAUAAAGGCAAAUCCUCCACAGUUACACUCAAAUCUAUUAUAUAUACAGCGAUACAGACGUCAAUCACGGUUGGUGUCAGAAGCUCAGUAUUUCUUUACAAACAUCUUAUCCGCUGAGUCUUUCAUCUGGAACAUUGAUGGGGAAUCAUUAUCAAUGGAUGAACGAGAUUUCCAAAAGAAGAUGGACUUGGCAAGGGAACGCAUGUUGGGAUUAUCAGCUAGCUCAGAGAAUCAGGACAACCAAAACAAUCUUGAUGUACGGGAGCAAAAAUCACAAACACUGAAAGCUAGCAGGGAUUCUGAUGUCAAUCUCUCUUUGAAAGAUAAUUUCCAAGGUCCUGGACUGGAAAUGAGAAGGGACAGUGAUGCAAGUAGUAACCCAGUUGAGCGUGUGCAAUCGAUUUCUGAUUUGGAGAAGAAAGGAGCAGCCGAGCUUCUCAAGGAUGAUGACUUGAACAAAAAAAUUCAAGAGUACCCAUUCCUUUUUGCCCGCUCUGGUGAUCUGACUGUUGCUGAUGUAGAAAACCUUUUAAACUCCUACAAGCAGCUAGUACUAAAGUAUGUAGCGCUUUCGCAAGGGAUGGGUAUCAACCUUGAAAACCCUCCUGUUCAGAGCAUGCAAACUGUUUCUGAUCUUGUGGAAUCUGAGGAGCCUAAAAAUGUGAAGAAUGCAGUAAAUUUCAGCGAAGGAAGCAGCAAAACCAGUGAUGACAUAAAAAAUGAUACUCUUUAUUCAGAAGUAGACAACACGGGUACCCAACAAACUGCGGUUGACCCAAGUUAUCAGAAGGCACAGCAGGAUGAAGCAUCAGAUCAACCUGAACAUGCAUGAGUUGUUGGUCAAGUAUGGUUGGCCGUCGAAAUACAGGGAAAACGUUGUCAACGGCGGGUCAUUCUCUUAUAUAUCAAGGGGUGACAACUGGUUACAGAGAAGUGGGUGCAUUGCUGUGCUCCUGAAGCCACAAAAUGUAAAUGCUGGAAACUAGAAUAUAGAGAUUCAAGUCCCUGGAAACUAGAAUAUAGAGAUUCUCUUAUAUCAGCGUCGAGGAAGAUCAAGAUUCAUUCUGCUGAAGCAAAGCUCCUUGUCCCGACGUUCGUUCAUUGAUCCUUUGGUUAUGGACUCUUCAAGUUUGAUUUUGCGGUUAAUACCAUUUUGGUAAACCAUUUUACUUUUGUAGUUCAAAUUAAAAUAUCCAUAUGUGAAAUUAGAUCCAAGAGAAAAUGGCAUGAAACAUAAUUUGAUCGUCUUCUAGUUGUUGUCUUUAGCUGCUAGUACUAGUGCAUACCGAUGUUCGUCUUCUACAGAUUAGUUAUCACCGGUGUUUUGAGCACCUCAACUUCAUUUGUUUGGUUUAAAUGGACAUAAUUUCAGGGAACUAUUCCUUCCCUGUCGAUUCA